AUGACGACCCUGCACUAUCUCCCUCCGGUGAAGCCAUCCGCGAUUGCGAUGGGCACCUUCUUCACCCAUACAGCCUCGCUGGGCAUCCUCGCCCCGGUCUUCGGCGACACCUACCACCGUGCGCAGUCAGCGAACUCGAAGGAAGAGUUCAUCAAGUCCAAGGAAGCGGCGGGGGCUGCGGCCGCGUGGGGAAGCUCCCUGGUGGGAAGCGCCGUGCAGACCUACGGCGUGGCUGCAUUGAUCAACGCGACGGGCACCUUGAGCUACAAGGGAGCUGCGUAUCUCGGCACCUUGAUCUUCUUCGCGAGCUCGGCACCGAGUGUCGUCAGCCAAAUCUUCGCCGAGAAGCGGCCCCUGGAUACCGUUGCCGUGGGUGCCGUCACUCGGGUGUUCGAGACAGUUGGACUCAGCUUGUUCCUGACCUGGUGGGGAACUCGCACUAACCCCUUUGAUUAA